CACCUUUCUUUUUAUCCAUUCUAUGAAAAGUUACAAACACGAUUUAAAGUUGUCGUGAAUGUGAAAUGACAGGAAGCUCUCAAAGCACUGUGGCAAACAUCUUUCCCAACAACAAACCUUACAGGCUUAGUCUCUGAGUAAUGGAAAGAUAUGGGUUGGCAAGGUUUAAAUCCAUCAACAGACUUCCGGGGCUGUGGAUUUGUUUCACUUGAGAAUCUACUAUUUUUUGCUCAGACCUAUCCGGUUUCUUUCAAAAGAAUAUUACUUAAACAAGAAGGGACAAGAGCAGUAUGGGAAUAUCCAUUUGCUGUUGCAGGCAUUAUUAUUACCUUCAUGUUAAUCCAGAUGUUGGAUCUAUAUUCAGAAAAGCCUAAAUCUCUUCCAGGAGCAAAUUUCAUAAGAGUACUAUCUGGAAAUAAUCAAAGAACUGAUGGAAAGACUACCACACAUGAAAGAGCUUAUGGAUAUGUAUUGUGGUCCUGAUAGAGUGACUGCAAAGCAACAAAUACAGGAGUUAGACAGAGUCGCAAAAACUCUACCAGAGAAUAUAUCUUCAUCUGUGAAGAGGUUCACUGAUCGUGUCGUUCUUUCACUUCAAGUUUUUUUUUUCAACUUAGUUUAGUUUCCUAUAAAUUUUAUAAUGUGUCAUUCUCUUAAAUGGAAAACACUGAAUAUGGCAAACUAGAAUAUUUAAACAGGUCUUUGAGUGUUAACUUGGAAAUGGAAAUGAAUGUAAUUAUUUUGCAAUGA